AAAAUGAGUUUAGAAGCUCAAGCAAGGGCCAGGACCCAUCAACCCUGUGCUGCUUGUAGGAUGCUACGCAGGAGAUGCGACAGUAGUUGCAUUCUUGCCCCAUAUUUCCCAUGUAAUGAGAUUGAGAAGUUUGCCGGGGUGCACAAGGUUUUUGGUGCUAGCAAUGUAAUCAAAAUGAUUCAGAUGGUGGAGGAAACAAACAGGGAGGAUGCUGCCAAAGCGCUAGUCUAUGAAGCAACAGCAAGGAUCAGAGACCCUGUUUAUGGCAGCACCGGAGCUAUUUUCCAACUGCAAAAGAUGGUGCAAGAACUUAAGAUGCAGCUUGAAUCGACAAAAGCUCGAGUGUUGGAGUUGCAGCAGCAAAAAAAUCAAUUGUUGGGCAUUCUUCUGAAUGUUAAUCAUCUUGAUCUUCUCUCUCCCAUUGAUCAUGGCGGCAGUUUCUCAUUGGAUUAUGACGAUUCUAUGGCCUACGAUCCGUCCAAAUUCCCUGUAGAAAGUGAUUGGAUCUUUUAAUGGGAAGUUCCAUUAACAUGUUGGUAGAUCUAAUUAGAACAAGGAAAAUCUGGGGCAAGGUAUCCUCAGACUAAAGCAUAAGUUCAUAAACUGCAGAAU